UCCGGGUCGACAUAAAAAAAACAAAAACAACAACAAAAAAAAAACAGACGAAAUGUUGACUCGGCUGUCUCGCUUUGGGUCCGUUUUCCCCCGGUUUGUCUUGAAUUCUUCGGCUCGGUUCGUGUCCCAGUCGAAGGCGAGUGGAGGUUCGGCGGCUGUGACGGAGCUUCCGUCCGCCGGGCCAACGGUCACUCCGGAGGAAUUCAGUCCGUUUGUCAAGAAUCCUGAUUAUCAUGGAUUUUCGGAUGACCCUGUGGUUGACGUGUGGAACAUGAGGAUUGCUUUCUUCUUUGGCAUCUCGAUGGCUCUUGUUAUUGGAGGAACCUUCAUUCACUAUUUACCGGACCCCGGGUAAGUGUCCU